UCUUAGAUCAUUGAAGUUUUAUCAAACUUAAUGCUCUCGUUUCUUGAUGAGGUCUUACCGAGAUAGGUAAGCUCAAGACUUUCCCCUUUUCUUGACCGAGCAGUAGUCCUCCACGACUGACAAAGCACCUACUUCUGUAGUGGUUGUUUUAUUGGUUGUUUCCUUUACAAAAAUGGGUUCCACGUUAAACCCUAUAAACCCUUUCAACAUUUUGUAGAAACCGCAACUCUCAAACCUUUCUUCUCUGAUUCUCUCUACAGCCUUUGAUUUGAACCCCUUUUCUCCUCCUCCAAUGGAAGAUUCCCCCCAAUCAGCCGGUUAUCGGAAGACCCGUUUCUACCACCCCUACCAAGACCUUCACGUCCCGAUCACCAAGCUUUACGAGCUCCCCACCGCCCCAGAACAUCUUUUCUUCGAAGAGGCGGCUAGGCCCCACCGUUCUUGGGGCGAAAAUCUCCAGUACUACACCGGAAUCGGCUACUUGUCCGGUGCCCUUUUUGGCGGCGCCAGGGGAUCUCUCCAGGGAAUUAGGGCGGCGGAGCCUGGCGACACCAUGAAGCUUCGUCUUAAUCGAGUUUUGAACUCUGGGGGUCAGGUCGGCCGCAGGGCUGGGAACUCUCUUGGGAUUCUUGGCUUGAUUUUUGCUGGUUUGGAAAGUGGGGUUACUCAUUUGAGAGGCUCUGAUGAUGUUUUGAAUAGUAUUGUUGCUGGAUUGGGGACUGGUGCAAUUUAUAAGGCGGCUUCAGGGCCGAGGUCGGCCGCCAUCGCUGGUGCUAUUGGAGGGAUUGCUGCUGCAGCUGCGGUGGCGGGCAAGCAGGCAGCGAAGAGAUAUGUGCCAAUAUAGGCAUAAACAAAUCUGUGGGGGGAUUUCUUUGGAGGACGGUAAAGCAUUUGGUGGGUUCCUUUGAUUGGUGAACAAUAUAGACUAUUAGGUUACUAAUGCUCGAUCUUCUUAUAUUGUAAUUUGUGUUGAAUUGUGUUCUUCCUGUUUGUAAUUGAUUCCGAACCCUAAUAGAGUCAUUGGUUUUCAUUGUUUCCUAAUAAAAAUGUUAUGAGGAAGGAGGAGGAUGUUGUAGCUGCAGAAUUGGAGAAAGGGGUGUGCUUAAGGGUUUGGUGCCAUUUUUGGAUAGUUCAUCUCAAACAAUCAAUAAAGCUGGUGAUUUUUUCUUUACCUUUGG